AUGGCGGUACUGAUCUCACCAGAACCUAGGAUUCAGCUCAUAGCUGGCGUGUUGUUAACGACAAUUCCGCUUUGGCUUCUGGCCUGGCACUUUCGAGUGCGCAACCCUCUCUUCAUCAGUCGUCACAUACCGUUUCACAAUGCCUGGACUGUAGAUCGCGAGACCUUCAUCCACGAAUGGACGGAGAACCAGAUCGGCAACCCACCCAAUCGCUCAGCUAUCGCACUCCUUUGUCGCAAAUCGGACAUUAAAUGGCGGCCGGAAGUUGUCUUGGACCUAGACGAUGCCAAUGGCGGCAUCGGCAAUGUUCGAGGCAAUAUCUUUGACUUUCUCAGCUUGGCCAUUUUGACAGGGUCGUCAAUCAUGCUGCCCAGUUUCCAAUCCAGGUCAGCCGAGGACUUGAGCGCUCUCUGGAACGGCAAGAUUACCUUCGACACUUUCUUUGACACGGAACACUUCGCAGCCACUUUUGCUGCAGCAUGUCCGAAGAUGGACGUCUACAUGCCAUCGAAGGACCAUUCUCUGGUUCCUCCUCUACAAAACCGCUACCAGAUGCCCAGCAUGCGGCAAGAUUUACUAGAGGCUGGGGCUCUAGGUGAUAUCCCAAGAACUCCAGCAGAAGCAGUGAAAAACUUCAACCAUUGGUUGUCUGUGCAGCCAGACUACGACGCGAAAAAGACAACUCUUGUCAGCGUUGGCCGCACCCUUUGGGAAGGACUUGACACACGUUCUCUACCUGCAGCCGUACGCAGAGACUUUGGCGGUUCCCUCCGCCUGAUACCCGAAGUACGCAGAUUGGCAGCCAUAGUAACCUACAACCUGGCCCUCAAGUACCAUCUCCACAGCAUCGACCCUCGGCUUCCAUACUACCCAUCUGCCUUCCUAGGCGCACACCUACGCACCGAAAGCGACGCAAAAGCUGCCGGCUGGCUCAACGACGAAACCGCCGCCGCACACGCAAACUACACCGGCCAAACCGAUGCCUACCUCUCCCAAGCUGUCGAACGCAACCUCCCAAUCAUCUACGUAGCCAGCGGCAAUGCCUCUGAGAUUUCCCGUUUCGCAGAAAAAGCUUGGCACCUCCAUUCCUUUAACGUAACCUCCAAGGCUUCUUUGCUUUCUGGAAAUGACCUUGAAGCUUUACAGAGUUUAUCUUGGGAUCAACAGGGUUUGGUGGACUAUGAAGUAUUGAGACGCAGUUCGAGUCUGGCGGGCUUUGCGAGGAGUAGUUUUGCUUUCAAUAUUGCGAUUACGAGGAAUGAGUUUGUGGAUGUCAAUCGAGAGAGUUUGAGAUUGAGGCCGCAGGAUUCGAGGAGGGAGGAUGUGGCGUUUGAUGAUGGGUUUAGCAGGAUUUGGGGGCGGUUUCCGUGGCAGGAGGUGAGGAUGUUAAGGGGUGCUUGGCCUUGA